AUGGCCGCUGGAAGCCCUGUGGAAAUAUAUUUAAUAUAUUGCAUUCCUAUUCACCUUGCUGUGAGAUCAGUUUUGCAUCUUAAUUACCAGCUGGCAUUCCCAAAAUAUCCUUCUACCCAUGGGGGAACAGUUGUGGAAGAUUUUAGCAGUGCAAUGCUAAUGACAAGAGUAAAUGUCUCAGGGAGCAAGAAACGGAACUGUCAUGUGCAAGUGCAUGCGACAGCAAGUCUAGUGGCCAGAAGAGAAGCUAGAACAGGGCAAAGGCAGAGUGCUCCCAAACCCAGCAGAGCCGAGUCUCAGAAGACCAAGGGGAUCUUGAAGGCUAAUAUAACCAAAUGUAGACAAGUGUCAGCGCCAGAGAAAUCUGGGGCUCUCCAGACCUUUUUAAUUCAGGCACAGACAGUGACCCCUUCUGGACAGAUAACUUGGCAAACAUUUCAAGUACAAGGGGUCCAGAACUUGCAGAAUUUGCAAAUACAGAAUACUGCUGCCCAACAAAUAACUUUGACGCCUGUCCAGACACUCACGCUUGGUCAAGUUGCAGCAGGUGGAGCCUUGACUUCAACUCCAGUUAGUCUAAGCACUGGUCAGUUGCCAAAUCUACAGACAGUUACAGUAAACUCUAUAGAUUCUACUGGUAUACAGCUACAUCCAGGAGAGAAUGCUGACAGUCCUGCAGAUAUUAGGAUCAAGGAAGAAGAACCUGAUCCUGAAGAGUGGCAGCUCAGUGGUGAUUCUACAUUGAAUACCAAUGAUCUAACACACUUAAGAGUACAGGUGGUAGAUGAAGAAGGGGACCAACAACAUCAAGAAGGAAAAAGACUUCGGAGGGUAGCUUGCACCUGUCCCAACUGUAAAGAAGGCGGUGGGAGAGGUACCAAUCUUGGGAAAAAGAAGCAACACAUUUGUCAUAUACCAGGAUGUGGUAAAGUCUAUGGGAAGACCUCACAUCUGAGAGCGCAUCUGCGUUGGCAUUCUGGAGAGCGCCCUUUUAUUUGUAACUGGAUGUUCUGUGGCAAAAGAUUUACUCGAAGUGAUGAAUUACAGAGGCACAGAAGGACACAUACAGGUGAGAAGAAAUUUGUUUGUCCAGAAUGUUCAAAACGUUUUAUGAGAAGUGACCACCUUGCCAAACAUAUUAAAACACAUCAAAACAAAAAAGUUAUUCACUCUAGCAGUACAGUGCUAGCCUCUGUGGAAGCUGGGCGAGAUGAUACUUUGAUAACUGCAGGAGGAACAACACUUAUCCUUGCAAAUAUUCAACAAGGUUCUGUUUCAGGGAUAGGAACUGUUAAUACUUCUGCCACCAGCAAUCAGGAUAUCCUUACCAACACUGAAAUACCUUUACAGCUUGUGACAGUUUCUGGAAAUGAGACAAUGGAGUAAAUAUUACACAAAUACUUAUUCAUAGUGGUUAUUUUUAUACAGUAGUGAGAAGAAUAUUGUUCCUAAGUUCUUAGAUAUCUUUUUAUUGAUGUGCAAAAAUUUUUGGAUUGACAGUAACUUGGUUAUACAUGACACUGAAAUGCCUUACUUUGUAUGAUAUUCCAUAGUAUAUUAAAAAUGGUAAAAUUGCAUGGGUUUUGUAGGUACUUUUGGAAUCUAGAAGAAAUGAAAUUUUACCAAGUUAUAUAAAGAGAAAAUUGAAUUUAACAAUGCGAAUGGUAGUCUAACCAAAUGCAUCAAUCCUGUGUGGUUUAGUGUAAAAAUGAGAACAUGUUGGUAUUUAUCUAUUGUAAGAUAAAAAAAAAAAAAGUUGGUGGGUGAAAGAAAUCAUGUUAUGAUAAAAAUUUUUGUAAUUUUCUUGAUGACUGGAAUUUUUAUUAUGCAUAACUGACAAAUCAAGUUUCCAAGCAAAUGUUACAUAGUGUAGGCUUUACUUAGCUUGUCAAUUUGUCAUUUUGAAGCUAAUUAUUUUAAUUAGGUUAACUAUGUACAAUAUUUUAAGCAUUACUCUUGUAAGAUUUUGAAAACUACAUUUUAACAUGGAACUCUAGGGAUAGUCACCUUUUAAAUCCUGUUGAAAAGCCAUGUUUAAGAUUUAAUUUGCCAAAAUAAUGUCUUGUUAAUAUUCUUUCAAUAACGAAGUUGGGCAAUAUAGCCAAUGUUUAAAAAAAGUUUAAAAUGUAUAGGUUGAGGCAUUUGGGUGGUAAGAAAAUGUUAUAGUGAAUUAGCCCUUUUCUUGAAUAUUGGAGGACCAAAAAAAAAAAAGAAAAGAAAGAAAAAUAACUAAGGUGUAUUGCGUCUUAGCGGUGAUUUUUAUCCAGUCUUGUUUCCAAAAACCAUGUCUGCCAGGGCCUUAAAAGCCAUCAUGUAAAUUACCAGUAAAGUAUAACAUAUGCAAACAUAACAAAAUCACUUCCAUAGUGACAGUACUCCAACCAUAUGGAUAUUAGUCAUAGAAAACUAGACAUUUUAUGAUAUUUUUUAAUUUUUGUUUGUUUGUUUUGUCUAGGUAGUCAGUCUGCACUUAAAUAUCAACCAUUUUCCUUUUUUUUUGCUUCUUCCCUUAAAAUUUAUAUGUAUCCAAUACAUUUAAUUGAGAAACGUAUGUUUUUUAUUAUGCUGCAUUUUCUUUUUAUUUUUUAGUUAUUGUUUAUAUUUUCAAUUAAAAAUGUACAAAAUAAAGUUACAUUGCUGGUCUUGUAAGAGCUAUACAAUUUUCCUAAAUGUAUACCUAUAACUGCAGCAGUUCACCUAUUUCAGAAAUUUGGAAUUCUGUUCAUUUGUUAUCUUUAAGACCACCUCAGAUUUAAAGGCUACCUUAUUGUACGUUUCAAGUGUAUUAUAACAGUGUGGUAGUUAAUAAAACACUAUUUUUUUUU